AUGUCCCGCGUGCGCUCCCCGGCGUCCGAAAGGGAGGAAAACACCCGCUGCCCAACCAUCAAAGCAGACAUCUACACCACCGGCCGCGGCGGCUCUGGGAACAUGGUCUCCAACGACGACCCCAAGGCUGCCCGGGCGCGGCAGGAUCUCGAUAUCCCCCCGUCUGUGUCCGCAGGCACUGCCGAUGAAGGCCGGUUUCACACUGGGCGAGGCGGGGCUGCAAAUGUCUACACACGAUCUCCCAACGACAUGGUUCGCCCCAGCAACGACGACGACGACGAUGACGGCCAGACACUGGUGGAAAAGACCAGCAGCAGCCCAGACCCGGAGCGUGCAAAGCCCGGCCAAGGUCCGACCAAGAUGGAUGGAUGA